AUGGCCACAAUCAUCCAGCUCUCUCCAAUUCACACGCCCUCUCUCCGCAUAUUCUCUUCUCAUUCUUCCCAAAAUACCCCUAGCCUCUCAUUCUAUUUACCAGCCAAAGCCCUCACCUUUCCCUCCAUUUCUCUCAAACCCUACACCACAGCCAAGCCUCGCGCUUUGGUUGUCACUUCGGCUGUUAAGAGCCUCUCCGAGACCGAGCUGGUCCCCGUGCCCGCGGAGGCUGAUGAAAUCGCUGGAAAAUUGCCGGCGGAUACCGGAGUCUACGCCGUUUUUGACCAGAACGGUGAGCUUCAGUUCGUUGGCUUAUCGAGGAACAUAGCGGCAAGUGUUCUCACUCACCGGAAAUCGUUGCCGGAGCUAUGCUACUCCGUCAAGGUUGGGGUAGUAGAUGAACCAGAUAGGGCUGUCCUAACGCAAGCUUGGAAAUCAUGGAUGGAAGAACACAUAAAAGCUACUGGGAAGGUCCCUCCAGGUAAUGAAUCAGGCAAUGCCACCUGGGUCCGACAGCCACCGAGGAAGAAGCCUGAUCUCCGGCUAACACCCGGUCGCCAUGUGCAGCUGACAGUGCCAUUGGAGGAACUCAUUGACCGGUUGGUGAAGGAGAACAAGGUCGUGGCCUUUAUCAAGGGUUCAAGAAGUGCCCCAUUGUGUGGUUUCUCGCAGAGGGUUGUUGGCAUUCUUGAAAACCAAGGGGUGGAUUAUGAGAGUGUAGAUGUGCUUGAUGAAGAGUAUAAUUCUGGAUUGAGGGAGACUCUGAAGAAGUAUAGCAACUGGCCUACAUUUCCACAGAUAUUUGUGAAUGGAGAACUGCUUGGGGGUUGUGAUAUUCUAACCUCCAUGCAAGAGAAGGGUGAGCUUGCCAGUGUGUUUAAAAAGUGA